UCAGUUCAUCUACCCUCCCCUCAUCCCCUCCCUUCUUUCGAGCCCUUUUGCUACAUCGUCACAAUGAACGACUGUCCCAUGACUUGUGAAACUGGAAGAGUGAAUCUGACAUUGUGGAUACAAAGACAACGCGUUUUUAAAUUUACAUAAUUUUAUUGCUACAAAAUGGCUGGAAAAUAUAACGGUUUUCAGACUCAGUCGGAAAUAAUUUAGCCAGUAAGCGUAUGCAAAGAAACCAAGUUCACUCGGUUUUAUUUUGCUACUAGACAACCACGAAAAUAAUACUGCCUAGAUCUAAUGAUGUUUUGUAAUUUAUGAUGCCAAUUCAUCCCUAUCUCCCAAUACGCUUGUGGUGGUGUUGACUCUCGUUGCCUGAAAUUUGUCUGCCAGACAGCCUACACUAUCAACCCAGAUUAAUUAUAUUGGUAAGAGGAGUUCGCUCUUUAGUCCUUGGGCGAGCCAUUUAUCCGACCGACGGAAGUAGCUAUCCAGCUAACAAGCUAGCGAGAAUUCGAAAAGCUAUCUAGGCUCUCGACAUUCCAAAUCUGGCAGGAAUGUCAAAUGAGCACUCACCCCUCCUCACUUAUGGGCUGUUCAGUGUGGUGGGGGACCCCUCUGGGUCAGGGUCUGUGUCGGGGCAGCAAGGCGUGGGCACUGCCACUCCUGGCAACCCUCCUUCCUCACCCCGUAGCCUGAACACGUUCUUUGGCGUGAUUGUGCCCACUGUGCUCUCCAUGUUCAGCAUUGUGCUCUUUCUCAGGACAGGAUUUGUGGUAGGUCACGCUGGACUGCUCCAGUCCCUCAUCAUGUUGGGUGUGGCCUAUGUCAUCAUUUCCCUGACAGUUCUCUCCAUCUGCGCCAUUUCCACCAAUGGAGCUGUCCAGGGGGGCGGUGCUUAUUUCAUGAUAAGCCGAUCUUUGGGGCCAGAGUUUGGAGGCAGCAUAGGACUCAUGUUCUACUUGGCCAAUGUGUGCGCUUGUGGCGUGUACAUUUUGGGUCUGGUCGAAGCCAUUCUUGACAUUUUUGGACAAGACCCAGGCUCCUCUGUGUCAGAGGGUGUGCGGGUGCUGCCCCAGGGCUACUGGUAUGGGGUCCUGUAUUCUUCUGUCGUGCUGCUGGUCUGUUUGCUGGUCUGCCUGGUGGGUGCCCAGAUAUACUCCCGUGCCUCCUUCCUCAUCUUGUUGGUGGUGACGGUCUCCCUACUGUCAAUCUACAUCAGCCCCCUUGCCCUGGGCCCCCGUGACUUCACCAUCAGCCACCAAGGUGGCAUCGCCAACAGCACCAUUGUCUACAACACCAGCUAUACGGGCUUCAACCGCACCACACUGAGGAACAACCUGGGCCCGGGAUACUCGCUGGAUUACAGUACCAACAGCGUCAUGACAUUCGCUACUGUGUUUGCCGUCAUGUUCAACGGUUGCACUGGGAUCAUGGCCGGAGCCAACAUGUCUGGAGAACUGAAGAAUCCCAGUGUGUCAAUUCCCAAAGGAACCAUAAUAGCUGUGGUGUAUACCUUCUUUGUCUACCUGUUCCUCUUCCUCCUUGUCAGCUCCACCUGUGAAAGGGUUUUGUUGAUCCAAGACUAUGGGUUCUUCCGGCGCAUUAAUGUGUGGCCACCUUUUGUCAUCAUUGGUGUGUACUGCACCUCCCUGUCAGCUGCUAUGAGCUCCCUGAUUGGGGCAUCUCGGAUCCUGCAUGCCCUCUCCCUGGACCAGCUUUUCGGGCGGCCACUUGCUCCAGCCACCAUUACCUCCAGUUCAGGAAACCCGUGGGUGUCGGUCCUUUACACCUGGGCUCUAGUGCAGUGUGUGGUGUUCGCUGGGCAGCUCAACUCCAUCACCAGUCUGGUCACUGUCUUCUAUCUUCUGGCCUAUGCUGCCGUGGAUCUGGCCUGCCUGGCCCUUGAGUGGGCUUCUGCUCCAAACUUUAGGCCUACUUUCCAGUUCUUCUCAUGGCACUCCUGCCUGCUGGGCAUAAUGGGCUGUGUUGUAAUGAUGUUCGUGAUCAACCCGGUCUACUCCUCUGCCAGCAUCGCCCUCCUACUGUUGCUUCUGCUCUUUAUCCACUAUAGAGCCCCAACCAGCAGCUGGGGCUACAUCAGCCAGGCACUCAUUUUCCACCAGGUGCGAAAAUACCUGCUGAUGCUGGACGUGCGGAAGGAGCACGUGAAGUUCUGGCGGCCGCAGGUGUUGCUGAUGGUGUCCAACCCCCGCUCCUCCUGCCAGCUCAUCACCUUCGUCAACCAGCUGAAGAAAGGCGGGCUAUUUGUGCUGGGACACGUGCAGCUGGGGGACUUGGACACAUUACCAUCAGAUCCUAUCCAGCCUCAAUAUAACUUCUGGCUGAGUCUGGUGGACAAGCUGGGAGUGAAGGCUUUUGUGGACCUGACACUAUCAUCAUCUGUCAGACAGGGCACACAGCACCUUCUCAGAAUCACUGGCCUAGGGGGCAUGAAGCCAAACACCCUGGUCUUGGGCUUCUAUGACAACUGUGUCCCUGAAGACUACUUCCUGCAGGACCCAGCUUUCUGCGAGGAGGUUUGUGGGCGUAACGGUGGUGGGGGGGACAAUUUUGGCGUGGACUUGCCCUCCUUACAAGCCCACUUCCCCCCAGUCCGUAAUAUGGAGUCCCCCCGCUGGCUUUCUCCUGAUGAGUAUGUUGGCAUGAUCUCCGAUGCCAUUAAGAUGGGCAAGAACGUGUGCCUGGGCCGCUACUUUUUCCAGCUGCAAGGCGAAAUGAGCAGCGCAUCCCAGACUGGGGAAGAAAGGACCAUCGACGUGUGGCCUCUCAAUCUGCUGCGGCCGGAGAACAGUGGCUAUGUGGACGUGUGCAGCCUCUUCCUCCUGCAGAUGGCGUGCGUGCUGAACAUGGCUAACCGGUGGCGAAAUGCCAGGCUCCGGAUCUUCCUGUGCGUGGAAGCCGAAUCCGGCGACCAGGGCUGGAUGGCGAAGGAGGAGACGCUACGCGAUCUGCUGGGGAAGCUGCGCAUCCGGGCCUCCAUUAAGAUUGUGGCCUGGGACGCCGUGGUGAAACUCUACACCGGGGGCAAAGAGCGGCGGGCCGCCACCCCCGGAGGCGGUGAUGUCGGGGAGGGAGACCUGGGUGGGUGGGCCAGGUCACCUCCCGGCGUCUCUGAAGACUUCCUGGCUGCCGUCAAUAGUCUGGUGAUGGAGCACAGUGCCCUAGCAGCGGUUCGAUUCCUGUACUUGCCCCGGCCCCCUGCUGGCUCCAGCCAAUCACAGCGAUACCUGGCUCAGCUGGAGGCAAUCACGCGUGACCUGGGCCCCACCCUCCUGAUCCACGGCCUUACCCCUGUUACAUGCACCGAUCUCUGAGAGCUGUGUGUAAGCAUGUGUGAUAUGUAUUGUCUUUCUGUUUCUUUUGGUUAGCUUUUGUCCCAACAAACUAUUUAAUUUGUGUCUUUCUCAGCACAGCAUACGUCUCUUAAUCUGUUUGGGUAUGUGUGUCUGUUUGCUUCUGGCUGUUUCGUCUGCUGGCUUGUCAUUUUUGUCACUAAGCCUUUAUUUUUGGCUUCUUGUGUUUCUCUGAUUUAUCUUCUAGUUCAUCUGAUACUGUCUGUGUACCUGUCUCAUUUACUCACCCUUUAUAAUUGUCACAGUUCAUCUGAUCAAAUGGAAAGUUUUGCAAAGAGCUAGUUAGAAUGAAAUGGCUGUCUUGGAUUUUGAUGAAGUAAUAUAUAGUAAAAAUUGGUUGUAGUGUUCCAUUUCAGAAUAAGAACUGGUUUGUUUUUAACACUGCAAAUGGGGAUAUAGGUCUGUAAUUAGUGAGAUCUAGCACAAAACCAAAUGGUUCUUACUGUUUCACUUUUUUGUAUUAGUGACAAAGCAUAGCAUAAGCAUAAUUACUUGAAAAUGUUUUUUUUUUUAAUAAUGCUUUUGCAGAUGUGCCUAUAUUUUCACCAGAUACCAAAUUUGUCUUAAUCUAGUGUACCCUUCAGUGUCAGUCAAGUGCAGUCCUCCUUUGAGAGAAUGAAUCAUUCUGAGAGAAUGAAUGUCAGUGUACAUAUACGUUUAGCCUUAAACAAAAAUACAGUUCCUCUGAAUUAUGGCAUCAGGAUUAAUUUGUCUAACUUUAAGAAGAGUUAAACUUCCGUUUGUAUUAUUGUCUGCCGAUUGUUCAUUUUUGGAUGAUUUUUUUCUUGAAGGGUGAACCUGACAGGCAUAUUUGGUGAAAGGAAAAAGAGGCAUGAUGGCUGGAGUGUAGAAUUCUGAACUCCCGGAGGCUGGUUUUACACCAUUUAUUACUUCCUGUCCAGUCGUGACACCAGGAAAAUGGUUACACCUCCAUAGAACAUUGUUUAGUCUGUCCAGGUUGGUCCAGAGCACUGAAUUAUUUAUAACAUUUUGUCAUAUUUUUUAUUAAACAAGCAUAUUAAUAUGCUAUUUAAAUUAAUCAGUUUAUGAGGCAGAAAUAAAUAAUGCAGCAGCACAUUAGAGUUGGGAUGCUGAUGGUGUGUAUUUGUGUGACAGAAAUUCAUCUACCUUGUAGGAUAAUGCAUUCUGUCACAUUCUGACGGCAAGUCUAUUUACACUUGCACUUGCUAUGAAAAUAUUGACCAUUCCUGAUAUAUUAAAAAAUGGUUCCUUCUUCUGUAGAUGAAAACUGAAUUUUGGAAUGACUGUAAUGGCAAACUUGUUCAAAUGUUUAACAAUUAUUUGUAACUGUUCUU